AUGAUUUUUGUGCUGUACCUUGGGCUGAUAGUCGGAGAGAUCUUCUCUGUGCGGCGGAAAAGAAACAUUGAGAUUGAGUUUGAUGUGAUUGAGAACAAGAUAUGCAAGGGAUAUCUCAAACCGAUCAACUGCAAGAACUCCAGCUUUAAGGCAUUGCUCGAGUCUGAGGGGGGGAGUGUUUAUCUGUCGAGUGAGAGCCUCCCUGUGGACACCGAGACGCACUUCUCGUUCAACAUAAGUGAGCCAAAGGUGCUGUCGAUGGUUCUGACGCCUGUUGUGAUUGAUGGGAGCCAGCCCUACACGUUUGGAGAGAUAGAGCUUGACUUUACUGCGCAGUUUGACACAUUCAAAAAGGAUGUUGCCAAGAAGGUUAGCGUGGAGCCGGCGAUGGCAGCGAUGACGAAGCUGGACAAUCUGCUGCACGAGCUUAACAACGAGUCUGAGUAUCUCGCGCACAGGAUGGGGAGUGUUGACUACGAGCAUCGGAGGAUGUUUUCUUUUGUGACGGUGUUUUCUGUAAUAACUCUUGUUAUCUACUUUGCGGUGAAUUCAUACGAACUGUAUUCUCUCAAGAGGUUUUUCCAGAGGAAGAAGAUGAUAUGA